CAUGCGUGCUCGCGUCAUUCUGGGCACGGACGGCGCGGAGAAGCGAAGAACAAUGGCUGGGAAUGUGGAUCAGAUGGUGACGGUCGGAGAGGAAGGGAGGAUCAUCUCCAGGUCAGACAGUGGUAGUGGGGAGGAUUCCUUGGACAGUUUGUUUUCUCGGCUACCAUUAACUCCAUCACUUUCUCCACGGAAAAGAACAACAAGCCAAAGUAAAUCUGAACCACCACUUCUGAGGACUAGCAAGCGCACCAUCUACACUGCAGGGCGACCUCCCUGGUACAAUGAGUCAGGAACUCCAUUUAAAGAAGCAUUUGUCAUUGGUUUGUGUGGAGGUAGCUCUUCAGGCAAAACUACAGUGGCUAACAAGAUCAUUGAGGCUUUAGAUGUUCCUUGGGUGGUCCUGCUUUCCAUGGAUUCCUUCUAUAAGGUCUUAAAUAAAGAAGAACAAGAACUAGCUGCCAGAAGUGAAUAUAACUUUGACCAUCCUGAUGCCUUUGAUUUUGACCUAAUUAUACAUACAUUGAGGAAGCUGAAGAAAGGGAAAAGCGUGAAGGUUCCUGUUUAUGACUUCACCACACACAGUCGAAGAAAGGAUUGGAAAACUGUAUAUGGAGCAAAUGUUGUGAUCUUUGAAGGAAUACUUGCAUUUGCAAACAAGGAACUUCUUAAGACUGAACAGAGGAAACUUCGCUGGGAUAUAGCAGCACUUGCCUCUGCCCACCAAGGACAACCUCUGCCAGAUAAGUUAAGUGUCCUUGAAAGCACACCACAGGUUAGAGGAUUGCACACAAUUAUCAGAAAUAAAGAAACCAGUCGAGAUGAGUUUAUUUUCUAUUCCAAGAGAUUAAUGAGGUUACUAAUUGAACACGCCCUUUCUUUCUUGCCACUCAAGCCUGUUACAGUGGAAACGCCUCAAGGAGAACUGUAUGAAGGAAAGAAAUUUGGUGGAAAAAGGAUUACAGGAGUCUCUAUCCUUCGUGCUGGUGAAACAAUGGAACAAGCACUAACUGCAGUGUGCAAGGACAUCAGACUUGGAAAGAUUCUUAUUCAAACUAACCAUGACACUGGCGAGCCUGAGCUACAUUAUCUUAGAUUACCUAAGGAUAUUAGUGAGGAUUAUGUCAUUCUGAUGGACAGUACAGUGUCAACAGGAGCUGCUGCAAUGAUGGCAGUUCGAGUCCUUCUGGAUCAUGAUGUGCAAGAAGAUAAAAUUUUCCUGCUCUCAUUGCUGAUGGCUGAAAUGGGAGUGCACUCGGUGGCUUAUGCCUUUCCUAAGGUUAACAUUAUCACCACUGCUGUAGACAAGAAAGUAAAUGACGAAUUUCAUAUUAUUCCUGGAAUAGGUAACUUUGGAGAUCGAUACUUUGGCACCGAUGCACCAUCUGAUUGGUAUGAGAGUGAUGAGGGCAUGGACUACUAAGUAUCUUUCUGUGUAUCUGAUGGAUCCAAGAUGGCCUAAAAACAAAAGGAUUAUAUUUGUUGUACAUGAACAUAUUUUUGACUGUAUCCAAGCGCAAGCUGAACAUUCCUUUUCUGAAUUCAUAUUGUCAAAUAAGAUUUAUUUUGAAUAUUUUCAGUUUUUUGGGUUUGGGCAUGUUGUAAAAUGGUCUUUAAGUUAGGAUAUUUUAGAUCAGAAUUCACAUUUAGAAUGCCAGUAAAAUGUAUCCGAUUUUAAAUAAUCUAAUCAUUCUUAAAGUAUAUAAAUGAGAAUUGAAUCUGCUUGAGUUCAGUUUCACAAGUUAAAAACUUGAACUUUUUAAAGCAUGUCUGAAAAAAUAUAAUGACUUCAUUUGAAGUAGUUAUGUGGCUUCUUUUUUUUAAGUAGGCAAUGAGGGUAUAUAACUUAUUUAUAAAACUCCAGACCGUACUUCAAAUAGUUUAACUCCCCUCUCUCUACAGAUUCUGUCACCUCUGCUGAGUUUAAUGUCCAAUGUGACAUUCUUCAGAAUAUUUUGAAGAAUAGUGGUAUGGACACAAAAAGUUAAGUUUGUUUCCCUUUCCGCAGAUGCUGCCAGACCUGCUGAGUUUCUCCAGCACUUUGUUUUUGUUUCAGAACUCCAGCAUCUCAAUACUUUGUUUGUAUUUCAGCUAGGUUUUCUUGUAAAUGGCAUGCUGUCAUAAUAUGUACAUCACUAUUUAAACAUGAACCAUUCAACUAGCAAGUCAAUACUUGGGAUCUUGGUCACAAGUAGUAUGUUGAUCCAGGCAAUGUAUUCUCAGCAAUGAUUAUUUCAGUCUAAGCUAGGAAUCUUCAACCAACAAAGUUCCUGUUUCACAUAAAUUCAUCGUUAUUUAAUAUUUAAAUUUUCAGUCAUAAAGACUUCAUAUAGAAUCUCCUUCAAUAGAAGUCUUAAUAAACAUUCCUCAAAAAUGCUUCCUACAACUAAUGUGACCUUUAUCUGGUCUGGGAUUUAUUUUGAAAAUAAUAUAGGAAUAGCUGCACUAUCACAAACAAACAGAUGGAAACUAAUAACAUGGUUCUUUUUCUGCAUGUUAGUUGAGUUAAUUGCAUGCAUAAGUCACAUCAGUGAUCUUCUAUAAUCGAGAAUGUGGCUUAAUACCUGACUUCAUUUCUUAAUUUAACUGCACAUUCAAUUUUACAUGUUUAUGAUCUGCCAUUAUGAAUGGAGACCAUAGCACUUGUGGGUUAACAAAAUAAUGAGAACCAAAUACUUAUCCCUCUCAAUGGCAAUUAUUAAGACACAAAUAAAGUUUGAAGUUAUUUUCGAUUGUCCAGGAACAACACAAAAACUGUAGGACUCUCUAAGACAAGGCUUCCCAAAGUGGAGAUCUGGACCAAGAGUGAGGUCAUGACCUGAAAUGUUAGAAUCAUGAGCUCUGAGUUAGUAGUGGCUGCCAUGGGUUUCUGCAUGCCUAACAGGAAAUAAAACUAGGUCACAUUCCAAUCCCCUGCUCCCAUAGGCCCCUCCCCAUCCCAACAAGCUCACGACCCACUCUUAGUUCUUACACAAAGAUUACAACAAUUUUCAAGACUUGAAAUGAAGUCACGGUGGGGGGAGAAUUGGAAAGUACUGCUGUAAAUAAGGAGCUUAAUUCUUCCCACUUAUACACCACAUUGUUAAAUUGUGAAGGGAAUACUUACAUUUAUAACUUGCCUUUCAUGUUAUAGAGAUGUGCCAAAGUUCUUUACAGCCAAUAAACUGCUCUUACUAUGUACGUACAUUAUCUAUUCUUUCAUGGAACGUGGGUACUGCUGGCUAAACCAGCAUUUGUACCCCAUUUCCAAGAAGUAGUUAGGAGUGAGCUACAUUGAAUAGAUCUGGAAUCACGUGCACAUGGGACCAGGUAAGCAUAGUGGAUUACAAUCUGUAAAGAGUAGUAGAAUGGAUGGGUUUUUGUGACAAUCAAUAGUGGUUAUAUGGUCACCAUUAGUCUAGAUUUUUAUUGACUUCAAACUGCCAUGAUGGCAUUCAAACCAUUAGAACGUUAUCCUGGAAUUCUAGAUUAGUCUGGUGCCAUUACACUGUCAUUGCUUUCCCCGUGAACAGUUAAUAACUUGCUAAAUUUUGCAAAAUCGGACCUAUAAUCGUUAUGAACUCUUAUUUUGUUAAAAGGAAUGUAGUUCUUAUGUUCUGUGGAAAUGGCGUGAAUCUGUUGAGACUCAACUGCAUUUGAAAAUAAAUGAGAUGUGAAGUGUUGUACACCAUAAUUUAUUAUUGCGCAACUGGAUAUUCACGUGAACUAAUUGAAUCUAUAUGUCUGCAUUUAAUCAAUUUUAUAGAGUAUUUGGAAUUAACUUUUUAACAGUUAAAAUGUUAAAAUAUUUUUAUAUAGUUAAAGAAACAUAUAAGCACAGGUUAAGAUCUAAAAGGCAGCAAUAGCAAUGUUGGAUUUAUUAUUUUGCGUGGCAGAUGGAAGAAGCAAUAGUAAAAUUCCUGACUGAAAAUGCAAAACUCCUAAACCUUCUAUGAUAUUAUCAAGAUUUUCUUCAUAUGGAAAUGUACAAGUGUCAUCAAGUCAUGUAAUGCACAAUGUCUGUAUACUCUGCAACCUGUAUUGUUUUGACUGUACCUUUCUUGCAUCUGAUAAAGUUUAUAUUACAUUGUGCAACAUAUGAA